AUGGAAAUAUCCACUGCUGCGGCGGGCGGAAGCCAAUUAUUGUGUCCGGCCAGAGCAGAGAGCAUCCGUACACCAGAUUCUUCUUCUCCUCCGCAAUUACGAUACCUCUAUCCAUCCAAUCCAGGCUUCCCCCCCGGACACGAAACAGCUCCAAUCCACCCACGAUCCCGGUCUCAGUCCCACCCACAUCGACACAGUCAACAUAUCGAACGGGCUACUCGCAAGUCACAACAUUCUCUCACCACCCCCCCUUGCCCUGGCAACGCUCGUAACCGUCGUCUUUUUGCAUCUCGCUGCGCUGCUGCUGCUCAUCCAUCCAAUCCAACCAUCAGCCGUCUCACACCCACACCCCCCAGCCCCCCCCGUCUUCAAAACCCAAUCCGCAUCGCACAUCUUCACCGACCCUCUUCUCCCUCCUUCUUCCCUCUCCAUCCAUCUUCAAAGCUUCAAUUCCGCCUCGCACUCCCUCCGCCCAAGCCUCUCACCGUCCGUCACCCCUUUCCUCCAAAUCCAAAAGAGAAGAGAAAAGCACAAGAAGCGCGCGAAAACGAAGCAAGAGGAUACUCUUCUUUGCCUUCCUUGCUCCGGGAACGCUUAGAAGAUUCUCCUCUCUGCGACCUCAAGGCCGUCAAUCUGGAUUUUGAAGCCCGUAUCCCCGUCCCCUUUAGCGUCUUUCCCUCCACCUACAAGGAGAGUGAGACACAAACCCAGACCCAGACCGUCACACAGACUCACGAAGAGCUUGAGAUCAAGCUCCCCGAGAAGAAGCCUCAGAAGCCCGGACGGGAAGGUCAAUACUCUUCCUUCACUGCCACCGCCGCUGAACAGCAGCUCCCUCUCCCUCCCCGGAAAGAACAGCGCUUCAGCGAAGAAGAGGUCCGUAUCGAAGAACAUUACCACCGUCCCGGUGUCCACCACGAGUCCCACCACUACCGUGAGGAGUACCGCCCUGCCCCUCCUCCUCCCGUUCAGCAAACCACUCAAGAGUUCCACGACACUCGCAUCCACCACCACGACACUCGUGUUGAGAUCGACACCCGUCACCACGAGCACCUGGUAAACCCCAUUGAUAAGAUCGAACGCCAGUACCGCCAACGCUUCCAGCCUACCUACCACCGCGAGGAAGUCACUGUUGAGCACUUCCCUGCUCACCAUCACCACCACCCGGGUCACUCUCACCACCACUCUCACUCUCACGUCGACGAAUACACCGUCGACGCCCAAGCUGAGCGCCCCCGCCCUCAGUACAAGGAGACCGUAAAGGUUACCGAAGAGACCAUCGAGCCCGCUCGCAUCUCGCGCCCCCAACACAAGUCCAAGAUGGGUUACUACGACGACGACGGCCACUACCACUCUUUCCGCCAAGGCCUGCACAAGCUGGCUGACAAGAUUGCUCAUCCUCAUCAUCAUAAAGGCCACGACCGCUACGAGGUCUCGGAGGUCCGCUCCUCCACCUCGGCCCGCCGCCAGCCCUCCCCCUCCACCGGCGGUGCCCCCAACCUGCCCAACACCGUCACCAUCCCCUGCCACCACAUCCGCCUCGGCGACUUCUUGAUCCUCCAGGGCCGCCCCUGCCAGGUCAUCAAGAUCUCCACCUCGGCCGCCACCGGCCAGUACCGCUACCUCGGUGUCGACCUCUUCACCAAGCAGCUCCACGAGGAGUCGUCCUUCAUCGCCAACCCCGCCCCCAGCGUCGUCGUCCAGACCAUGCUCGGCCCCGUCUUCAAGCAGUACCGCGUCCUUGACCUCGCCGACGGCCAGGUCACCGCCAUGACCGAGACUGGCGACGUCAAGCAGGGCCUGCCCGUCAUUGACCAGUCCAACCUCUGGUCCCGCCUCAACAACGCCUUCGAGUCCGGCCGCGGCAGCGUCCGCGUCCUCGUCCUCAACGACAACGGCCGCGAGCUCGCCGUCGACGUCAAGGUCAUUCACGGCUCUCGUCUGUAA